AUGGAAGACUCCUCUGAAAGCUCGGUUUCUUCGGGCCUCUCUCCUGCAUCCGCCGACGAGCCAGCCGCCUCCUCUGGCUCUUUUUCUGGAGGGCAGUCCUCGCCGUCUGUCCAUGCACAUUGUGCAGACGCUUCUCAUCUUGUCUCUCUCGUCCCUGGCUCACGAAAAGAAAGUUAUCUUGCGGCUUCCUCGCGCCCAAGCGCGGGCGACGCAGGGGUGUCUCUUGAGGGCGCGCCCCCCGUCCCGUCGGAUGUUGUCGCUUCUCUGGACACUACAUCUUCGUAUUCCGCUGCCUCCUCGUAUCCUGCUGGAACGCUGAAUGAUGUGUCAGGCUCGUUCCUGAGUGCUGGUGCCGCCAACGCGGCGACUCAGAGCGAGGGAGGCGGAGCGCACCGCGAGGAAGGAGAGCCGAGCCGCCAGAUGGCGACAGAAGAAAGGAGCGACGGAGACCGGCGACGGCUUGAGAGAGGAGGACGCGAGGAAGCUGCAGAGGCGUGUGAGUCCACAGAGGGUGGGAGCCAAGCUGCACAAGAAGACGAAAGGGCAGAGGGCGCACCGCCUGCAGCAGCAGAGUGUGCGGAGUCGCAAGCGGGCGGCCUGAGAGAGGCAGGCGAAGGCGAAGGAAGGGACGCGGCGCAGAGUGCGAGCGGUCCAUCGGAUGUGCGUGCGCAACCCGACAGAGACGCUUCCCGGACGGAGAGCGAGGAGAGAAGGGAGGAGAUGGCCUCCACCCGCCCGAGCGCCUAUAGUAUUGUGUAUCCCGGGCACGCGGAUCGAGUUGGGCGGACGCAGUCGAGCCUGCGCAACCGAGCGAGUGGCGCUUCCUCCUCUUCUGGAGCAUCGGCUGCGCCGUCUUCGUCCCGCGACAGGGGAGGGGACACCCGUUUCGAAUGCAAUAUCUGUUUCGAUGAAGCGACCGACCCCGUCGUCACGCGGUGCGGACAUCUGUUUUGCUGGAGGUGUCUGCACGCCUGGCUCCAGCGCGGAGCGAAUGAGUGCCCAGUCUGCAAAGGCCACACGACGACGAGCAACGUCAUUCCGAUUUACGGCCGCGGAGCUGAGAAGCAUCCUCGCGACGCGCCGGACAAAGGCGACGCUGCCGCAGGGCCGACGCCAGAGAGGCCACGGGCGGAGCGGCCGGAGCCUCAGCCGCAGCGGCGUUCAGACCUCGGUUUUGGAGGCGGCUCCGGCGGCGCAAGUUUUUCGUUCAGUUUGUUUCCCUUCUUCGGUCUCGGCGUGACUUGGGGCAGCGGAGGACUCAGCGCGAGCAACUUCUCCGCGUCGUCCGCGUUCGACUGGCUGUUCGUCCCUCCCGGGACUCAGCGACGGAGCGCCGGGAUGAAUCGCCAAGACCAGGUUCUCUCAGAGGAACAACAACGCAUGCAGUCUCUUGGCUUUCUCCUUCUGGCCUUCUUUUUCGUCAUGUACAUCAUUUUUAUCGCCUAG